AAAUAAGCUUGAGUUCAGUUCAGUUUCCAGUUCUAAGCAGAUUGAUAUCUAGUAAUGAUACUUUUGGCAAUUGCUAUUCUGUUUAACAUUCUGGGUGUUCUCCAGGCAGAUGAGGGAUGUGGGUUGUUCACCUUUGGAAAAUGUGACCCAAACACAGAUUUGAUUAUAGGAACUCAGACCUUACCCUGUACUGGUCUAGAUUUGGAGGUUUGUGCUGAUGUAUGUCAAAAUCUUUGCAAAUUCACUGCUGGCUGCAACUUCUUCUCAUUCCACAGCACUAGCAAUGAAUGUGUUCUAAUGCAAGAAGAUCAGUUAACUGGAUAUAUUGCUUCCUGUUCACUUGUCUCAGGUCCCAGUUCUCCAUCUUUGCCAUCAUGCAGCACCGGAGCUCUUGCUCCCUGCGACGUAUUUAUCAAUGAAGAUUGUGAUUAUGAAGGCAAUGUCAUAUUCUCAUCAGAGAAUGUUGUUAGUUCCACAGAUUGUCAAGCUUUACUAUCAGAGAUUGGACAGACUUUUGGUGCCCAUCUGUUUAUCCACGAUGUUGAUGAUGAUAACAGUUGUCAGUUCUUAGAUUCUUCUUCCUUCAAAUGUUCGGCAAUCAGUGGGCCAGCAGAUCCACCAAUUCUAGAUUGUCCCUUUAAUGGGACAACAACACCCAAACCUGUGUCCACAACAACACCCAAACCUGUGUCCACAACAACACCCAAACCUGUGUCCACAACAACACCCAAACCUGUGUCCACAACAACAUCUUCUGAUGUAACGACAACACCAGGACUUGAAACAACAACAAACCCAGUUGCAACAACUGUCCAACUGGAAAUCAUAACCGGGAAAGCUGCUAAUAACCAAAUUCUUGGAAAUGUUACUGUCUAUGUUUAUGUUGGUGGUCAACUGUACAAAGAAAUAUCAGAUUGGAACGGAUAUGCAAGGAUCAGCAUUGAAGGUCAUCUUCCCUUCUCAUUCAACUUUGUGGGUGUAAAGGAAGGUUACCAUCAAUACUCCGGAUGUCAUCACCUGCAUGAUGAAUCAUGGUCUGCCAAAGUUGGAAUGUUUCUUCAAGAAAACUAAACUGCUAUAAACAUGCAAUAAAUGUAAUCAUUAAAACUUUCAGUUUUGAUAUAAAAAAUCAAACCUUAAAAUG